AGGGCUGGGUUCCCACGCCCACUUUUUCUGCAUGUUCCUACGUCCAAUGGGAGGUUAGAGGGAGAGCCGCGCCGGCCAAUAGGCGGGCACUCGGGGCGGGGUCCCGGCGCUGCGUGUUCCGGUGCAUUCUCAGAGUGGUGUCGGUGCUGGGCUGGGAGCUGCGCGGAUUACCGGGACGAGAGCAGAGCCGCACCCCCUCCUCUGAGUGACGGGACAGGGGACGCUCUGCAUGGCGAGGGGCUAGGGCAAGAGCGGCCUGCCCCCACCCUGACCGAUCCCCGGGUGGCAGGAUCCAUCCCCGGCUCUGCACCGGAGCAGUAGGAGGCGUGUGACUGGCGGGGAGCAGCUGGGGGUCAGCAAUGGACCAAGUGGAAAUCUUACGGACUUUCAUUCAGAGAGUGCAGAACAUGCACAGCCGGGACCCGAGCGGGGAGGACAACUUCGCCUGUGACUUCAUGAGAUUAAGAAGACUGUCCACUAAGUACAGAACUGAAAAGAUUUAUCCUACAAUCACUGGAGAGAAAGAAGAAAAUGUUAAAAAGAACCGAUAUAAAGAUAUUUUGCCAUUUGAUCACAGCAGGGUUAAACUUGCACUGAAAAUUCCUCCCCAUGAAUCGGAUUACAUCAAUGCAAAUUUUAUCAAGGGUGUAAAUGGGCCUGAAGCAUACAUAGCAACCCAGGGGCCUUUAGCAAAUACUGUAAUUGAUUUCUGGAGAAUGAUCUGGGAAUAUAACGUUGUUAUAAUUAUAAUGGCUUGUCGUGAAUUUGAAAUGGGACGGAAAAAAUGUGAGCGUUAUUACCCAAACUUUGGAGAACAGCCUUUAAAAUUUGGGCCGUUCCAUGUUUCUUGUGAGGAAGAACAGUCGAGGAAGGAUUACUUUGUUAGAACACUUAUAUUGGAGUUUCAGAAUGAAUCACGUAUAAUUCAUCAGUUCCAUUAUGUGAACUGGCCAGAUCAUGACGUUCCAUCAUCCUUUGAUUCUAUCCUGGACAUGAUCAGCUUAAUGAGGGAUUAUCAGGCCCACGAAAAGGUUCCAAUAUGUAUACAUUGCAGUGCCGGAUGUGGAAGGACAGGUGCUAUUUGUGCAAUAGAUUAUACAUGGAAUUUGCUGAAAGCUCGGAGGAUUCCUGAAGAGUUUAAUGUUUUCAGUCUAAUUCAAGACAUGAGGACACAGCGACAUUCGGCUGUCCAGACUAAAGAGCAGUAUGAACUUGUGCAUCGUGCUAUAGCACAGCUGUUUGAGAAGCAGCUCCAAGUGUACGAGAGUGAAGCUAGGAAGACUGUGGAUGGCUUGGAUGAAAAUACUGAUGACCCAAUUAGUUCUGCAGAAAAUAUGAAAACUGACUCUCCACCACCAAAGCCACCACGUAUUCGGAGCUGCCUUGUAGAAGGAGAUGUCAAGGAAGAAAUCUUGCAACCUCCAGAGCCUCUUCCUGUGCCACCAAUUCUGACACCUUCACCUCCUUCUGCUUUUCCAACUGUGACUACGGUGUGGCAAGAAUGUGAUCGCUAUCAUCCAAAACCUGUUUUGCACAUGGCCUCCUCAGAAAAUUUAACAGACAUGAAUGAGAACUAUAACAAAUCUGCAGAUGUUACAGGAAAGAAUGAGCCCAAUGUUGAGAAGAAGCUAGAGCGUAAACUGAGUAUUGAAAUAAAGAAAGUACCUCUUCAAGAAAGCCCUAAAAGUUUUGAGACAAGUGCAGGUUUGCAUAGAGGACUUGGCAUCAAAAUUAAAUCUGCUUCAUCUUAUUCCAUUGACCAGUCACCUAAAACUCAAGCAUCCAGUUCUUUGGAGUCUCUAGCAGUUAUAUCUUCAAACUCUUGUAUUGAUUGUAGGAGUUUGAAACCUGCUAAAACAUUAGAUGAAGCACCACCUCAGAGAAGCUCAGACAGUCUAACCAGGCCAGACCAUCUUCCUCUCUGUGUUUCUACUGCUUUGGGCAAUGAACAUGCAAACUGUAAAAAUGUGUCUGACUCUGCAGACAAACAUUUAGAAGCAUCUUCCUGUGAUAGUAAGACUGUAUUAAAUAGCAAUUUCCUUACAUCUCAGAUAGGGGGUCAGGUUGAUCACAAGACUCCUUCACUUCAACCACCCUUAUCCUUUACUAAUCCUCUUCACUCUGAUGAUUCUGACACAGAAGGGGAUUCUCAUCAAUCCAUGACAAAAAGCUUAUCCAAUAUAUCAACCGCAAGUGCCACAGUGUCUGCAGCCACUGCCUCUGAAAACCUAUCAACUAGAAAAGUAUUGCCCAUGUCUAUCGCAAAACAUUCCAUAUCUCAAAAAGAUCACGCAGCAGAUAACCAAUCUGAUACCAUUCCGAAUACUAUAUUGUGCAAUUCCAUGGAUUUGAAUGACCAAAUGGUGAAGCCACAAGACAGUGCAACUAUUGGUUUGAGUAACAGUGAUAAAUCGGGAGAAUCGCAGGAUUCACCAUCACAGUGCGCAUGAUGACUCCUCAAAUUUCAUUAAUGUUCUAUGAAAAAAAAAGUGAGAAAUGUUGCCUUUUCAAUGGACAAUGAUUCAGUUUUCCUGUUUAUGGAAGAGCCUAAAACACAAAGCAUUAGAUCCAAAACUGUACUAUAAGAAAAUGAUCCUAGUAGGAAAUUAUUCCAUGGCCGUUGCAUUUAUUCAGUGUGGGUUAGCCUGCACAAUGGUAAAAUCUAUUGUACACAUAUUUAAGAGAAUUGUUUCCAGUAUGCUAACUGUUUAUUUGCUGGGACCAUAUACCUGCCUUAUGUAACACUUUGUUUUAAACAAAAAAGUAUUACAUAUGAUUUUGUAACUUAAAGUAUUAUAUUGCCUUAAUGUCUUUUAACCCUGUUACACGCUGCUUGUAGAUCUGUUAAUAUAGUGAGACUUUUAUGAUAGUUUACAGUCUACUUUUUUGCUAACUUUUGAUUAUAUAUUGUAUGCAUUUUUUCUAUUUGUACAGGGCGAGCAGGUAUAUAUGACUUAUUGCAGUCAAAAUAUAUUAACAGAAGAUGUAAGAAAUCUCAGCAUGGUAUUAACUUGUUUAUACAGUAUGUAAAUUAUUGGCCCUGACCAUUUUUUUUAUUUUAAUCAUUCAAGCUGGAUAAUAGAAACCAGCAUAUCAGGUUAACAGAUAAGAUUGUAAUACAGUUUGUAAAUUGUAAGCUAAAGGUUAUUUUUAUAAUAUACACUUUCAUUGUCAAAACUAA